GCGGUGCGGCGGAUCAUGGGGCCCAGGGACUCCUCCCCCACCCAGCGAGCUCCAGGACUGUAUGACCUGCCCAAUGUGCAGCCCCUGACACCUGCGUGGGUGGGAGGGGACCCAGGCGUCCGGGUGUGGGGGGGCGGGAAUAGGGAUGAGAAGGGGACUGACGUGGCGGGGUGGGGACCCAGGUGUCCGGGCGGUGGAGGGAGGGGACAGGGAUGGGGAGGGGACCCAGGCGUCCGGAGCGGUGCUCCUGAGCGCUCGGGAGGGGGAGGGGGACCACAGAGAGAUGAACAAGGGGAGGGACCCAAGCGUCCGCCCCCCUCCCCCGCCCCAUGGCGAUGGGAUCAGCCACCUCCUGGCCCCUUUCCACGGUCCCACCCGCCCCUGGCUCCGCCGAUAAAACCCGCCCGGCCCCCGCGCAGAGCUUCUCCGGACCCCGCCGAGCCCCGAGCAAGUACCACCUGGAUCAGUGAGAUCAUCGACAUGAUCUACAACGAUGGCGACCCAGAGAAAUGCAAGCGAGACGCCAUCUACAUGCGAGUCCCUUUCCUGGAGUUCGCUGUUCCUGGGAUCCCCACCGGGGUGGAGCUGCUCCGCCAGACCCCUGCCCAGCGGCGCCUGGUGAAGACCCAUCUCCCGGUGCAGCUGCUGCCGGUGUCGUUCUGGGAGCAGGACUGUCAGAUGAUCUACGUGGCCAGGAACCCCAAGGACGUGGCCGUCUCCUACUAUCACUUCUACCAGAUGGCCAAGGUGCAUCCAGAGCCCGGCCCCUGGGACCACUUCCUGGCUGACUUCAUGGCUGGCGCAGUGUCGUUCGGGUCGUGGUACCAGCACGUCCGGGGCUGGUGGGAGAAGAGACGGGAGCAGCGACUGCUCUACCUGUUCUACGAGGACAUGAAGGAGGACCCCCGGCGUGAGAUCCGCAAGGUGCUGGCGUUCCUGGGGCGCCCCCCGGCCGAGGGGCUGGUGGAGGCCAUCGCCCGGCACACGGCCUUCGCCGCGAUGGAGCAGAACUUCAUGGCCAACUACAGAACCAUCCCCACCAGCGUCAUGGACCACAGCAUCUCGCCCUUCAUGCGCAAGGGUGUGACGGGCGACUGGAAGAACCAGUUCACGGUGGCGCAGAACGAGCGAUUCAACACCGACUAUGAGAGGCAAAUGGAGGGAACCGACCUGAGCUUCCGGAUGGAGAUCUGAGCCCCGUGCCCCCCCCUCCGCCCCGCGCCUCGUGCCCCACGUCCGCCCCACUGCACAGAAAUAAAGCUGACUCCCCUGC